UUUUGUUUCCGUUACAACGUAUCCUAUCGCAUCAGACGCCGAUCAUUACUUCUUCCAGUGAUUUCACUAUAGUUGCAUCGUUAGAUCUUAUUGAGAUCCGUGUUAAAAACCUAUAGUUCAUUCCAUUAAUAUACAAUAUGGUAGGGACAAGAGUCUAUGUUGGAGGACUUCCAUACGGUACCAGGGAAAGAGACCUUGAGAGAUUUUUCAGAGGCUACGGUCGUUUCCGGGAUGUCCUAAUCAAGAAUGGUUACGGUUUUGUUGAAUUUGACGAUUACCGGGAUGCCGAUGAUGCUGUAUAUGAACUAAAUGGAAAAGAGCUGUUAGGAGAAAGAAUUACUGUAGAGAGGGCCCGGGGGACACCUAGGGGUAGUGACCAGUGGCGCUAUGGUGACUCCCGUGGUGGUUAUGGGGACUCGAGGCGAUCUGCCCGAGACGAUAUGCGGCACGACAGAGAUAGUGUGAACAGAAACACGAGGACUGCAUCUAGCUACAAGCAAUCAUUGCCCAGAUACGGACCACCAACACGCACUGAAUAUCGUCUCACCGUUGAGAAUCUAUCAAGUCGUGUCAGUUGGCAGGAUUUGAAGGAUUACAUGCGACAAGCUGGAGAAGUGACCUACGCAGAUGCACACAAACAACGUAGAAAUGAAGGAGUUGUAGAAUUUGCAACAUACUCGGACCUGAAAAACGCUAUAGACAAGCUAGAUGAUACAGAAUUGAACGGACGUAGAAUCAGACUUAUUGAAGACAAAAGACGCGGUCGUCGUUCAAGAUCAUCAAGUUCAAGAUCCAGAUCACGGUCACGCUCUCGAUCUCGUCGUCGUUCCCGCUCCCGCUCAAGGUAUAAUCGUCGUUCUCGAUCCCGAUCAAGGAGCCGCAGAAGCUCUCGUAGUCGCAGCCGACGCAGCAGUCGUUCAAAGUCACGUGCACAUUCAAAAUCUAAAUCUAAAUCCAAAUCCAAAUCCCCUGAACGUAGUCGCUCACGCUCAAAGUCAAAAUCAAGAGACCGCUCAAAGUCGAAAUCUAAGUCAAAGUCCAAAUCCAGAUCUCGUUCUAGGUCCAAGGCUGAGAGGUCAAAAUCCAGGUCGCAGUCCAAAUCAAAAGCCAAGUCUCCCUCAAAGGAUAGAUCCAGCCGCGAACGAUCAAGAGGCGACAGAUCCCGAUCUCGAUCAGGAAGCAAACACAGCAAAAGUCACAGUCCAUCCCAUUCGCCUAUGAAUGGAGAUAAAUCGCCAGAAAACAACAAGCAAAAAGCUGACUGAAUGACGAGUAAAAGAUUUUUAAAUGGACACUUAAUGUCAAUAUUUCAUUAAUUUUCUGGUUCUUUUUUUUUUUCUUUCUUUCUUUAUUUCCUUUUUUUUUUCCUUUUAUAAUUUCUAUUGAUUCAUAUUCAAGAAGCCGAUUUGAUUUUCAUUAAUAGAGAAUACACAGACUUUUCAUGGUGUUUAAUCAUCGUGCACGACGAAAAAAAUGUGUCUUAUACAUUUUUCGACAAAAAAAGAAACUAAAAAUGCAUUAAGCAUUGCCUGCUGCCUACUACAUGAUGAUUGGCUUGAAAAUAAUUGUUAUAUUUAAUUAAACCAAUUUAGAGUCUUAUAUUGGUUCUAUUAAUUAUAUAUUACAAGAAAACAUUUUAUAAGCCAUCUCUAAUAAGUAUGUAGGAAAUUAAGGUUUCUUUGUACCUUAAACGGUCUCUACACAUUUUGGAUGUAACACCGUAUACAUAACAUAGAGGGAACCCCUUAUAAUGGCUUUUUGUAUAUAUUCUUAAGAGUUACUUUACACUAAGGAGAUAAUAAUAUGACGUGUAUUAAAUUUUAGAAAUAAGAAACAUCGGAUUAUCAAUAAAGCACUUGUGUCAAUCCAUUUUUUUAAAUAUUCUCGCAAGUGUUCCCUUGUGUUUCUUCAACUUUGAAUGUAGUUUGGUUUCAAUGUAAAAUAACUAAAUAAAAUAAUAUUCUUUUAUUCUGUCAA